ACAGAAGCUGAGUCUGAAUACAGAAGCUGAAAGUUUUUUUUUCCCAUCAUUAUACACUUUGAAAGCAUUUUUAUAAAAAAAUUCCAUAAGUAGAACUGUUAUUUCAGCUUUGAAACCAAAUGGGUCAGUCUUAGAAUCCACAUUCUUUGCUUUUUGUACAAUAUACAUCCAACCCAAGCUUAGAAAACAGAGGAUCCUCUGUUUUUAGUCUUUUCUUCUUACUUUAUUUUGUAAAAAAGAACGAAAAACAAAACAAUGGCAAGCCUUUCAACAACGAGAUUUCUUCCAAAAUCGUUAACAGGUGUUCGAGAUGACUUCGUUGGGCAAAUGAUGGUCAUUUGGGCCCAAAUCAAGGAGCCAUUAGUAGUGCCAAUUCUCACAGUACUUAUGUACAUCUGUCUUGGAAUGUCUAUUAUGUUAUUUGUAGAGAGGGUUUACAUGGCAUUUGUGAUUCUUUACAUAAAAAUGCUUAGAAAAAAACCCGAAAAACGUUACAAAUGGGAAUCAUUCAAAGAUGAUGUUGAAUUGGGGAAUUCUGUCUACCCUUUGGUCCUUAUUCAAGUUCCAAUGUAUAAUGAAAAAGAGGUUUAUCAGCUUUCUAUUGGUGCUGCAUGUGGGCUUUCAUGGCCAUCUGAUCGUAUUGUGAUACAAGUUCUUGAUGAUUCUACUGAUCCAUUGAUCAAGAGUAUGGUGGAAAUGGAGUGUCAAAAAUGGGCAAGUAAAGGAAUUAAUAUACGCUACCAAGUUAGGGACAAUCGAAAAGGGUACAAAGCCGGGGCACUCAAAGAAGGUCUAAAGCAUCGUUAUGCCAACGAGUGCGACUAUGUGGCCAUUUUCGACGCUGAUUUUCAACCCGAACCUGAUUUUCUGUGGCGAACGAUCCCAUUUCUUCAUCAUAAUUCGGAACUUGGCCUCGUGCAAGCUCGUUGGAAGUUUGUGAACGCUGAUGAAUGCUUAAUGACAAGAAUGCAAGAGAUGUCACUUGACUACCAUUUCAAAGUGGAACAAGAAGUUGGUUCUUCUACAUAUGCCUUCUUUGGCUUCAAUGGGACUGCUGGAGUUUGGCGAAUGGCUGCGAUUAAUGAAGCAGGGGGAUGGAAAGCACGCACCACAGUUGAAGAUAUGGAUUUGGCAGUGCGAGCUAGUCUUAAAGGAUGGAAAUUUUUGUACCUUGGUUCACUAAAGGUUAAAAAUGAAUUGCCAAGUAAUUAUAAAGCCUACCGUUACCAACAACAUCGUUGGUCUUGUGGUCCAGCAAACCUUUUCAGGAAAAUGUUCUUCGAGAUCAUGAGAAACAAGAGAGUGACAUUGUGGAAGAAGCUAUAUGUGAUGUAUAAUUUCUUCUUUGUAAGAAAGAUUGUAGCUCAUAUUGUUACAUAUGUCUUCUAUUGUGUCGUUCUGCCUGCAACCGUGAUAGUACCUGAAGUCGAGAUUCCUAGAUGGGGUGCGGUAUACAUCCCAACCGUUAUCACCAUUCUAAAUGCUGUCGGGACUCCCAGGUCUUUUCAUUUGUUGGUAUUCUGGAUUCUGUUUGAGAAUGUCAUGUCUCUCCAUCGAACCAAGGCCACGUUCAUCGGUCUUUUUGAGGCUCAAAGAGUGAACGAAUGGGUCGUCACCGAGAAACAUGGGGAUGCUUCCAAGAUUAAACCAUCCACAAAACAGUUUAAAAAACCUCAUUUCAGAAUCGGUGAAAGGCUUCAUAUGCUAGAGGUCGGCAUGGGGUUUUUCUUGUUCGGGUGUGGUUGCUACGAUCUUGCAUUCGGGAAGUACGGCUACUUCAUUUACUUGUAUGUACAAGCUAUGGCGUUCUUCAUAAUGGGGUUUGGUUAUAUUGGCACUCAUGUUCCCAACUCUUAGACGACGGACAUUCUUCACUCAACAUCGUCACAUUUUUAUACAUAUUCAUUUCCUUGCUUGUAGCCGUUUUGUCAUUAGCUACACCAUACAAGUGUUGUUGUUUGAGAACAUACACUUCUCUAGUUCUCUUUUACUUCCUUUGCUUGUUAAUUUUUUGUGUAUAUAAAAACAAAUCAAAACCUGUCAGGUUUAAAAUAAUUGUCACAAAGUGGUAAAUUUCUGUUGUAUAAAAGAGGGAUUUUAAUAAUUUUUCAA